AUGGGAAUCUACGGGGAAGGUGUGGACAAGUUUGAAGGUGUCGUUGGUAAAGAGCUUGACCGUGUUCUGGAGGAGAUGGACACUGCUAGAGCUACAGGCCUGGAUAUCCACAUGCCCCAGAUUUUGUCGAGAUCUCUGAAGAUCAUUUUGUACGUGCUGGUCAAUGGUGACAUCGAUCCUGAAAAGCUCAGCUGUGAUAUUGUUGAUGCGAUGGAGCGUUAUGAUAAUGCAUUGAACCGGAUGAUGGACAUACAGAAUCUCACAGCCCUCAAGUUUUUCCCACCACUUCGCAAGAUUGGCAAGUACAAGAGAAUUUGCGAUGACGUCCUUGAGAGUAAAGCAGAGGCUGAGAAAAUUAUGUUUGAAGACCUUAAGGGAAUUCUCACUGAGAGGAUCAAGGGCAGUGAAUUUGAAAAUAUAAAAGAGCAAACUCAUAUGACGUCACGAUCCAGUCUGCUGAACAUCAUACUGAUCCUGAUCCACCACCCAGAGAUUGCACAUCGGGUACAGGAAGAGAUCGAGUCUGUGAUCGGGGAUCGAAGACCGCGCGUGGAAGAUCGGCUGAGUAUGCACUACACAGAGGCCGUCGUUAUUGAGAAUCUCAGAUAUGUCAGCCAGAUACCUCUCAGUUCCUUUCGCAAUGCCCGCGAAGACAUUCACAUUGACGGUUAUGUCAUCCCAAAAGGCACGCAGACUCAGUCUCACAAAUCUGAUAUAAAUUAA